UUAUAUAUUACGUUAUUGACAUUAUCAUUGAUAUCUCACAGAACUGCCAAUAGAAAGCACCAGUCUAAAACAAGACAGAUAUCUGACUUGGGGUACCUCAGUCGUUCAUCAUAUCGGUACUCAUGAUGAACGUAGGAUUUUUGGACUAUUGAGGGAAAUAGAACUCGGCGUCACGGUUCCUACAUUCUUCUACUAUGGAGUUAAAUCUAGUUAAUUUCAAAAGUUUGGCCCUUAUAUUAGGACUGGUGGUGUGUUACUUCGAGCUAUCCAUGGCGGCCAAACCUCCCCUACCUUACUCCAAAGAUGUAGAGACUGCCUUAAGAUCAGAGUUACUCGCCAAUUACUCAGUUGACCAACGUCCACAAGAACUUGUGGCCAUCACUGUGUCACUCACAUUGAUUACCAUUAAUGACAUGAAUAUCAAAGCCCAGGUGUUGUCCAUAUCGGGAUAUUUCAAUCUGGUUUGGAGUGAUACUCGCUUAGCAUGGAACAAUCUUCCAGAUUACGCCAAUGUUCGCUUUCUGUUCAGCUCACAAAGUGUCCUAUGGAGACCGGCUCUCGUCGUCGACAACUCUGUCGACAACCUGAACGUGAUCAGUAAACCGGAUGUUCCCAUGCGUAUUCUAAAUAAUGGUAUGGUCGUUUGGAACCCGGCUGACAUAUACCGCGUCUCCUGUGAGUCAGACACUACCUAUUAUCCAAUGGACACACAGUCGUGUGUUAUCUCCCUUAGUUCGUGGUCCUAUACCAGCUUUGAGGUAGCUUUGAAGUUAGACCGAACAGAUGACGUCAACCUAGAUUAUUAUUCAGAAAACGGAGAAUGGGAAAUGAUAAGUGCAUACGGAGACCGACAGGGGGCGGCUGAGAAGGUAAAGGGCGGAUCAAGCUUUUCUUCAGCCAAGUUCUACAUCCAGUUGAGACGUCGUCCUUUGUUUCACAUCCUCAACACGCUAUUUCCUGUAGCCCUGAUGGCCGUGCUGAGCGCCAUGGUGUUCAAACUUUCUGUGGAUUCGGGAGAGAAAAUCGGAUUCUCGCUGACCGUCCUAUUGGCAUACGCAGUGUACCUAACACUCAUCUCAGAGAGCAUCCCUAGUACCUCCAUCACCAUAUGUUACCUAUCGAUCUACUUGUCCCUGGUCCUGACACUUGGAACGAUGUCUGUCCUGUGUACAAUAGCGGUGGUGACCAUUUACAAUCACCCUGACGAGGAGGAACCCGUACCCUCAUGGCUCCGUAUGCUCACAGUCUGUUUGAUGAAGGUCACCUGCUGGAAUAGCUGCAAAUGCAAAUGCUGCAAGAGGGAAACAAAGAUCCGCCCCACACCUGACCACGUAAACUCAAUCCAAGUUGAAGACUGUUUUGAUAUGGGAGUACCGUUUAAUGAGAAAGCUGCCAUACCACAGGAACUAGAAGAUAGUGAAUGUGAAAGAGACAAACAUAUUAACUGGAAAGUUGUGUCUCGCGUGCUUGAUCACUUCUUUUUCCUUAUGUUCAUGUUUAUGAUCGUGUUCGCCUCCGUUGGGUAUUUCUUGCUUAUUGGAUUUAAAUACUGGGAAAUUACAACAAGUGGUUGAUCAAAUCCACCAUAUUUGCAGUUCUUCAACACAGAUAUUGAACUGAAAAUGCAGAAUAGCAUUUCAAAUUUAAUUUUGCAUGAUGUGAUGUGGGCUAUGUAAUAAUAUUUCUUAUUCAACGCUAGUCUUGAAAUGAAGGCAUGAAACAAUAGACUCUUCAGCAGGCAAGCCUCGUGUAAAACGUCCACCAUUAAGCUAUACCACUGAGUCAAGUCUCUUGUUUGCUUUAAGAAAUAGUAAGGAUUCGUGUGUGCGCUCGUAUUUACACAUAAACCAAGAUCAUAGCCACGUAUAUUAAUCAACCAAGAUCAUAGCCUCGUGUAUUAAUAAACCAAGAUCAUAGCCUAGUGUAUCAAUAAACUAAGAUCAUAGCCUCGUGUAUUAAUAAACCAAGAUCAUAGCUUCGUGUAUCAAUAAACCAAGAUCAUAGCCUCGUGUAUCAAUGAACCAAGAUCAUAGCCUAGUGUAUUAAUAAACCAAGGUCAUAGCCUCGUGUAUAUAUAAACCAAGAUCAUAGCCUCGUGUAUCAAUAAACCAAGAUCAUAGCCUCGUGUAUUAAUAAACCAAGAUCAUAGCCACGAGUAUUAAUAAACCAAGAUCAUAGCUUAUUUAGGCUAUACCACUGAGUCAAGUCUCUUGUUUGCUUUAAGAAAUAGUAAGGAUUCGUGUGUGCGCUCGUAUUUACACAUAAACCAAGAUCAUAGCCACGUAUAUUAAUCAACCAAGAUCAUAGCCUCGUGUAUUAAUAAACCAAGAUCAUAGCCUAGUGUAUUAAUAAACUAAGAUCAUAGCCUCGUGUAUUAAUAAACCAAGAUCAUAGCCUCGUGUAUCAAUAAACCAAGAUCAUAGCCUCGUGUAUCAAUGAACCAAGAUCAUAGCCUAGUGUAUUAAUAAACCAAGGUCAUAGCCUCGUGUAUAUAUAAACCAAGAUCAUAGCCUCGUGUAUCAAUAAACCAAGAUCAUAGCCUCGUGUAUUAAUAAACCAAGAUCAUAGCCACGAGUAUUAAUAAACCAAGAUCAUAGCCUCGUGUAUUUAUUCUAAGAGCAUAGCCUCGUGUAUUAAUAAACCAAGAUCAUAGCCUCGUGUAUUAAUAAACCAAGGUCAUAGCCUCGUGUAUUAACAAACCAAGAUCAUAGCCUCGUGUAUCAAUUCUAAGAUCAUAGCCUCGUGUAUGAAUAAACCAAGAUCAUAGCCUCGUGUAUUAAUAAACCAAGAUCAUAGCCUCGUGUAUUAAUAUCCAAGAUCAUAGCAUCGUGUAUAAAUAAACCAAGAUCAUAGCCUCGUGUAUGAAUAAACCAAGAUCAUAGCCUCGUGUAUUAAUAAACCAAGAUCAUAGCCUCGUGUAUUAAUAAACCAAGUUCAUAGCCUCGUGUAUUAAUAAACCAAGAUCAUAACCUCGUGUAUUAAUAAACCAAGAUCAUAGCCUCGUGUAUUAAUAAACCAAGUUCAUAGCCUCGUGUUUUAAUAAACCAAGAUCAUAGCCUCGUGUAUUAAUAAACCAAGAUAAUAGCCUCGUUCAUUAAUAAACCAAGUUUAUAGCCUCGUGUAUUAAUAAACCAAGAUCAUAGCCUCGUGUAUUUAUUCUAAGAUCAUAGCCUCGUGUAUUAAUAAACCAAGAUCAUAGCCUCGUGUAUUAAUAAACCAAGAUCAUAGCCUCGUGUAUUAAUAAACCAAGAUCAUAGCCUCGUGUAUUAAUAAACCAAGAUCAUAGCCUCGUGUAUUUAUUCUAAGAUCAUAGCCUCGUGUAUUAAUAAACCAAGAUAAUAGCCUCGUGUAUUAAUAAACCAAGAUCAUAGCCUCGUGUAUUAAUAAACCAAGUUUAUAGCCUCGUGUAUUAAUAAACCAAGAUCAUAGCCUCGUGUAUUAAUAAAACAAGGUCAUAGCCUCGUGUAUAUAUAAACCAAGUUCAUAGCCUCGUGUAUUCAACCAAGAUCAUAGCCUCGUGUAUUAAUAAACCAAGAUAAUAGCCUCGUGUAUUAAUAAACCAAGUCUAUAGCCUCGUGUAUUAAUAAACCAAGAUCAUAGCCUCGUGUAUUAAUAAAACAAGGUCAUAGCAUCGUGUAUUAAUAAACCAAGAUCAUAGCCUCGUGUAUUAAUUCUAAGAUCAUAGCCUCGUGUAUUAAUAAACCAAGAUCAUAGCCUCGUGUAUUAAUAAACCAAGAUCAUAGCCUCGUGUAUUAAUAAAACAAGGUCAUAGCAUCGUGUAUUAAUAAACCAAGAUCAUAGCCUCGUGUAUCAAUUCUAAGAUCAUAGCCUCGUGUAUUAAUAAACCAAGAUCAUAGCCUCGUGUAUUAAUAAACCAAGGUCAUAGCAUCGUGUAUUAAUAAACCAAGAUCAUAGCCUCGUGUAUUAAUAAACCAAGUCAAGCCUCGUGUAUUAAUUCUAAGAUCAUAGCCUCGUGUAUUAAUAAACCAAGAUCAUAGCCUCGUGUAUUAAUAAACCAAGGUCAUAGCAUCGUGUAUUAAUAAACCAAGAUCAUAGCCUCGUGUAUUAAUAAACCAAGUCAAGCCUCGUGUAUUAAUUCUAAGAUCAUAGCCUCGUGUAUUAAUAAACCAAGAUCAUAGCCUCGUGUAUUAAUUAUAUAACAUCAUUUUCAUGCGGUUUAAUGUUAAAAAAAAAGAAAACAUCUUCACAGAUAGAACAAUGUUAGCAAAAGGAAGAACCAUUCUUUCAAACGCUCCAACUUUGGGCACUAUAAAGAGGAUGUGCCUUUUAAUUGCAUGCCAUUAUUGUGGAGCAGAAUGUGUGUUAACGUUGUGUCAUGCCGUUAUUGUUUUAAAUUAGCAAAUUCUCUGAAGAAGAAACUGUUUCCAUUCCUGGUUUAAUGAAAACCGUUUUAUCAUUAACGUAUCAGGAUGCAGGUUUUAGAUUAAACUCCAAGAAGUUAUCUAGUAAAUAUCAAUAAAAUAGCAAUCCAUAAGUAUGGAUCAUUGGUAUCCUCAGUUACAGCACGUACGCAAAUCGUUUUUUGAGAUGACCUUGAAUAGAACAAUAACUCCCGACAUAAACAGCAGUGUUUACUUACAAGUGUUCAAUUUUUAAUGCUGAGCAAAUCGAAAUUGUAUUGUCCGUUUCUAUAUUUAUUUACAUUGCCAGUGUAAAGUGUUUUAUUCGAUACCACAAGAACUUGAACAAGCUCCUUAACUAAUUUAUUAAAUUUUUUGUCGUCAAUAGACAAAGUAUAACGAAACAUUCGUUUUUAUUUUAACAUUGAUUAAUUCCAUGAUCUGAACGCAUACAUGAAAUGAGACUGGAAUUUAUCAAGUAGGAAUCGUUAGAUUUUAUAUACGGUAAGUUUCAAGUAAUUAGGUUGUAAUUCUACUACGACAGUAAAACUACUUUGUCUUUACGGAUAUCGGGCAAUAUACACAUUGAUAAAUAUUCGAGUAAACAACUGUUCAAUACUCUCCGAAAACAGACAAACAUAUAUAUAGUUUAGCGAGUCCAUUGCCUCACUAGCCGCACUUUCGUACAAAUUCCCACAAUAGACUUGUACGCAAGUAUAAAUCAUAUAUCCUAUAAUAAACAGACGGGUUGUUUACAUAGCGGCUUUACUGAGUUGGUCAUUUAUAUUGGAUUUAAAUGCAACCUACAUAGAAUGAUAUAGAUAUAAUGAAGGGACUAGUUUUAUUUUUCAUGUUGUGCUUAUGAAGGAGUUAGUAUGGUUAUAAUGUAUAGAUACAUCCGAGCGUUGCACAUAUACAUGUUGCCACGAAUGUUAUCAUAAGUCCUCGUAUUUACAAUAUAUAUGUCAUUAUGAUUUAACUUGUUUUAAAGGAGAUACAUUGACUAGGGUAUCGUCUUUCUUACCUUCAGUAAACAGUGUUAUCUGUGCAAAUAUAUCGUAUCAUAAGUUUCAGAUUGAUCGUAAAUUCAUUCAAGCCACGUCUGGUUUGUUUUAAUCACCAUUCAUGUAAAACGUUUUAUUUACAUCAAAUUGAAAUUAUUGAUAAUUCCGUAGUGUGUUUAAUAUGAAUGACCACGGUUCAUCCUAAUGCGUAUCUUAAUCAUGUUUAAUACGUUCAUUUCUCGUUAUUUUAUGAUCACUUAUCUGUUUUAAGUGUUUGUUUUUCUAUCAAUUGUUUCCUAUGGACUCCCUGUUGUUUUAAGUACGUCAAUUUUGUUUCAUUAAAAUAUCCAUUACUUGGAUAUACAGUGUUUUAAUCAUGUUUAUAUGUUAUAUGUGUUUAUAUAAAACGAAACAAUUUAUUCAAGGCAUAAAAUUACUGUCAGUCUCCGUGGUACAUCGGGCACACGGCGAUAGGUAAUUGUAUGUAGAUUUACUGUCUCAGUAUCUUAUAAGGGUCAAUUAUUUACAAAUGUCAUUUUCCGAGAUUUAUCGACUCUAUUCUUUGAUACAGAUUACUACAGUCGAACCUCGUUAUCUCGAGGUAAGUUCAGUAAUGACAGGCUUCGAAAUAUUCCAAUGUGUCCGAGAUUACUGAGUACAUUUCCUAUAGAAUGUUUACUGGUGGAACUGAAUUUCUUCCUCGAUUUUGAAAGGGAAAAGGGCAUUCAAGUUAUCAGAGAUCGAUAUAAUGAAGUUUGUUGUCUUUAAUUAUCUGCUACUUUGAUUCUGACCUUCACUCCUAUUUUUCACCUUUCACGUACAAUGCAUAUGAUUUUAACCGCUGGAAUCAUAUAAUUCGUAUUGCAAUAUACACGUACUGUAUAGACAGAUCCCAAUAUUGUAUUUUGUAUUAAAUUUGUCGAUAGCAGGUAAAAUUUCAAAAGAUUAAUGUUUGAUUGAACAUUUUGAUAUCUUUUUCAAUUCUAUAAAUGCUGUGUUAACAGUGAUAAUAUCUAACCUGUCUAGUUGUCAUACAGUCGAGUCAACUGAAAGUAAACACAUAAUAUGCUUCAGAAAUGCUCUUUACUAUUAUGUAUAUUUUGAUGAUUGUCAAUCUACAAUAUUUAAUAUUCGAACUACUUAGAAUGACUUCAGUUUUAUUGGAUAUACAGAGUCAAAAUCAUUUGGCUACAGUUUAUAACUAACGCAAUCGUAAUUAAAAGCAAACACUGCAAAGUAUAUGGUGAUUUUUUUAUAUAUAGGCUUACUUUACCGGUUUAAAGUUUCCAGUGUGUUCUGCAGUCUUGACGAUUUGUUCGUACCAAUGGGAACUCAAGCUCAAAGAGAUAUGUUCAAUCACUUCAUUUACAUGACGAUUGAAUAUAUGAACACAAAACAGCGGUCCGUGAAUUUGUUUAUAUAGUAUAGUUUAAGAUUUUUGUCACAUAUAUUGGUAUUGAAGUUUAUAAUUACUGUCACACUACUAAUGAUAUGUUGUGUUUUAUCAAUAAAAACUAUAACAAAAAAUACA